GAAAAACUGCACUUGUCUGCGUCGCUAUGUCUCACCUUCAAAUGUAAAGUCAAGAGAGUAUGGAAAGAAAGAAGGACAACAAUCGAGUAUGGAAAGAAAGAAGGACAACAACACUCGGCAACUACCACCACAUCAACAAACAAAAAACGGUAGUAAGAAAGAGGCUCCGGGCGAUUACUUAUUUCUUAACGAACUACCGUAGUAUACAAGAUAUAUAAAGAGAGAGAUAUUCUCACAAUGUAUUCUUGAAACAGAGAGAAAGAGAGAGAGAGAGAAAGAAGAGAAAGAAAGACAGACAGACAGUCAGGCAGAAAAAGAGGGAGCUGUUCACUGAAAAACUUCCCACCCAACAUGUCGGCCAGUGUGGAAGGUUUGCUGCAGUUCACCUUGUCUACUUAUGCAUUCCUUCUGUUGCUCAAGGCAAACGGUAUUCUCAACCAAACAGUACCAGGAAGCAAUGCAAUGUGUAAUUCUACCAAUGCCUGCUGUCCAAAAUGGAAUGGGAAAUGUUGCUGCGGAUUUAACUACCAACUCCUCAUGAAAUCUUUACGGAAAGAAACUAGAGAUGGAAGUCAGAAAGACUGUUCAGAAAUCAAAAAAAGCAACAAAACUAGGAAAGGAACUGAAAUGUCCACUGCUAGAAGUUACAGAGAUUAUGAAAUCAAAGACAUUUCGGAUAUAUUCUUGCAAUAUAAUUAUAGCUACCAAAAUAUUCCACCUAACUUGGCUCAUAUCGGAACGGAACUUCUCGACGCUGAAUCUGUUCGCUAUUUUCGAGAUUAUGAUGACGAGGUUGUAUUCCUUGGUAAAGGUUCUUUCGGUGAGGUUUACCUGGCAGAGAUGGCCGUAAGUAAACAGGUCGUUGCUGUGAAACUGUUUCUCGAUUCUGAUUACUUGGACAUUAUAUCUGAAGUGAUAAUCACACAAUAUCUGUCAAGCACGGGGGUGAUUCCCAAAAUCUUAGGCUUACUUCCGACUGGUCUUAUGGCAAGUAACCUUUCGUUGGUCCAAGAAUAUAUCAGCGGUAUGACUCUGGAGGACCAUCUGAACGAAGAGAACGAAACUACAUUGACAGCCGUGAACUGGUUAAACAUAUCUCUGCAGUUGACGGCAGGUUUACAAAAGAUACACCAACAAUACGUCCUUCUUAAUGACAUCCACGAAGGAAAUGUCCUUAUAGAACAGCCUUAUCUGCGAGUCGUCUAUAUCGACAUGGGACAUGCAACCUUCCGGUCAGGUUAUAAAUAUAAAAACUAUAACGGUUCUCUAUAUACUUACGAACAUUUGGCUCCAGAGCUGCGAAAAAGCCAACCAGGGACUCCUGCGUCAGAUGUUUACAGUUUGGGUUCUUUGCUUAGUCGUAUCAGUAAUAUUAGCCACAUUGAAGAACUGCAGAAACUAGCUAACCAGUGUUUACUAACGGAGCCUGGUUCUCGACCAACUUUGAGUGAUUUAACAGUAUCGAUAAAUGAGCUAUUCAUAAAAGAAAAACAGAAGUUAGAACAACAGAAAAUAAAAUUUCCGGGGCAGACCCCAAACACAAAGGAAAAAAAUUACCCACUUUUAAUUCAGUACAAUGUACCAAUACUUGGCCCAAACGCCAUCAGCUCUAUUGAAAAUGACUCUUAUAAAGACAGUGCGAUUGUUAACAUGUAUGAAUUCUUAGGAGACACUAAACUACAAAUUGGCAAAUUCGUAAAAUGUAAUUGUAAAGUAAUGAUCCGUUCCUAUGAAAAUGGAUCGUUCGUGAGAAUCCUCGAAGAAUCACGAAUUUUAUUGCAUUUAAAAGAUACGGGUGCCGUAUUUCCAUUUCACGGUUUGUUGCCCACAGGCACCCUUUUGGACGAAUUCGAAAUAGUUCAGUCAUAUUUCGGGAAAAUGGUGUCCGUUGCCAAUAUUUUGCAUUAUUAUCCACUCCGUCUUUCUGAUGCCGAAAUUUUAGUUUUCUUCAUUCACGUCGCCAUACAUCUCCUCGAAAUACACCGCAAAGAAGUCCUACUUAAUUAUAUAAACGAAUAUAACAUUAUGAUUGAUCCGGAAAAUACGAAAAACCCUGUCUGGUUUAGUGACCUCUCCCGAGCCACUUACAAUGAAGCUUACGUAUUUCUAGUUCAUGAAAUUGACUUGAGCGACUUCAUAUUCCUAGCGCCGGAAGUCAGGGCUGGCUCCCCGACCUCUCCAGCCAGUGAUAUCUAUAGUUUAUGCUACGUUUACCAACAAGUUAUCAACCGUCUUAAAGGAAAGACUCGCUUAAAAAUACUGCAACACUGUCUAGCUGUGAAACCGGAAGUUCGACCUUCUCUACCGGAAAUGAUCAUGUACUUGCGAACACUGGCCCAUUCCCUUCGAUAAAACUUCAUUUCGAAACAAAAGUAAAUGAAGGAACUAAUUAAAAUUAAAUGACAUAAUUAAUGUGAGACAAAAGACUUUACCGAAAUAACAUAUCACUAUGUGGAAUAUAUUGUAAUCUAACUCAAUAUUUCUCGCACUCCAAAUCAUUCCCCACUUCAAUCUUUCUAUCCUUUUCUCUCUGCUAUUCUCAACCUUUCCGCAGCAUUCUCUCUUUCUCCCCUACCUCUAUCUUUCUUUCUUUCUCUCGACGUGCACUCACACACCUCACACACACACACACACACACACACACACACACACACACACACAAGGCGUUAAUAAUCUGCAAAAAAUUAAAGCACUCAAUACCAGUUGCAGUAGAUAUUAUAUAUAUAUGAAAAUAUACAUAGCGACUGUGAAACUGACAGUAAACCAUGAAUAGUUAUAGUGUAUGCAUCGUUACUUAUACAUACAUACAUACAUACAUACAUACAUACAUACAUACAUGCAUACAUACAUACAUACAUGCAUACAUAUAUACAUCUAUACGUACAUACAUGCGUACAUACAUAUA